AUGUUUGAAAAUUGCAUGCUCAAUAAUUAUAAAAUUAUAAAGACUUUAGGUUCAGGUGCUUAUGGUAUCGUAUUUUUAGCAAUAGAUAUUACUACAGGUAAAGAGUACGCUAUCAAAGCCAUUUUAAAAGUAAGACAUAAUAUACAUUCAUCUGAUGAUAGUAACAAAUGUUCGAAAAUAUUACACAAAUAUUUAUUACAAUUAUUAUAUAGAGAUGAAACUAGACUACCAUUAGAUUUACCUCUAUUAGAUUUGGACCUGAUACAAAAUAUGACUACUGAAGAUUUAUUAAAAAUUCCAUAUUUUAAAGAAUUAUCAUUUCAACUGAGGGUUCAUCAACAUGCAAAUAUUGUUACCAUUCAUGAAGCCAUGGAUUCCGCAUAUAUUUCAUUCAUGGUUAUGGAUUAUUAUAGUAAAGAUUUAUUCACAAGUAUAGUCGAUGAACAACAUUUUGCUAAUGACGGAACUUUGAUCAAAAGGGUAUUCUUACAACUUUGUUCUGCUUUACAAUAUUGUCAUGAACGUGGAAUAUCACAUUGCGAUAUGAAACCUGAAAAUCUAUUGUUAGAUAAUGACAAUAAUCUUUACAUCUGUGAUUUUGGUCUAUCAUCCACCGAUAAGGCUUUGAAAAAAAAUAUUAGUGUUGGUAGUCCUUACUAUAUGGCACCGGAAAGACUUCAUGUCAUAGAUAGUGCAUGUUUAGAAUAUCCUACUUUAAAGAGUGAUAUUUGGUCAUUAGGGAUAAUAUUAAUCAAUUUAGCAUGUAUGAGAAACCCAUGGUUGAAAGCACAUCAACUGCAAGAUAAAACAUUCAGACAUUUUGUUAGUAAUCCAAGUGUAUUGAAAAAAUUAUUACCAAUAUCAGAAUCAUUCUUUGAUUUAUUAAUUCAAAUCUUACAAAUUAAUCCAUUGGAAAGAAAAGAUAUUCAUAAUUUAAUGUAUGAUGUUGCACAGUUGGAUUCCUUUACAUUGGAUGGUCCAUUAUGCGCAGUUGAUAUCGUCGAGUUUGAGAUUGUUGGUGCUAAUUAUAGGAUUGAAAACAGUAACAAUAAUAAAACUAAUAAUAUUCCUGUACCGGAUGCAAUAGAAACUGUAUUCAGUAGUGGCAGCUCUCAAACUUUAUUUGAUAUGGAUUAUGAAAAAAGCGAAAUUUUUGGAGAACCUGUUCAAAGUACUUGUACUUCUGAAGAAGGUAAUUAUUUGGUAAAAGAUUGUGUGGUCAAUCUAAUUGAAGCAAAUCAGCAUUAG